AUGGCUGUUGUUUCGUCGUUUGUUGCAAAGCAUAUCAGUGAAGGACUCUCUACGUCUAAGGCAUUUCAAGAUGCAAAAGAGAAGUUAGGCCCUGUUUAUUUCGAUGCUAAGUUCGUGGAGUGUCCUCAAAAUGCAGUGGAAAUGGCCAAACUUUUAAAGAAUCUGGAUGAGCUUGAAAAACAACGAAUGAAGACUGUUGAAAAGGCAAGGAAAAACCAAAGAAUUCUUCUUAAUACGCAACAGUCUCGAUAUAACUUUUCAAAAUCAUCGCGAACGUUAUUAGCCAACCAGACAAUAUGCGACAACAAACUUCCACCACCUGGAUUCCGUUACCACUCUAACGGCGACCCCAAGCUUACACAGCUGCGACCUCAGGGAGAGCUAUCACACCAAACGCAGUGGACAAGUUCACAGAAUGUUACAGAACAAGAUGGCAUGUUACCAAAACAAAAAUUCAUCGCAUUGGAUAGUAACUCAAACCAUUUAAAAAUCAAAUAUUCACCAUCUCCUUCUCAGGAAGCAGCCAACAUCGAAAUUGAAAUUCAAAAAAUAGAGAGUAUAAUAAAGGAAUUGACAUUUUAUUUAAAGCGGCAUAACUUAAUUACUGAUAGCACCCCUUCAGCUCGGGAAAAGGCCAUGUCCAUUUUAAGCGCACACAACAGAGAUGAUGUUUUACACAGAUAUAUGGGCAAACCUCGUACGUAUAAGAAACAAAAUGGCGGAUCACUUACAUUAACACCCAAGAAAAAAUCCGAGUCAUCAACAUUACAAGAGCGCACAACAUCGACAUCGCAUUCUAACUGCCUAGCCUGCCAGUUUAAAGUCAACCACACGUACUCUAAUAAAGAUUUCAAUCGAUCGAAAGACAAUAGUGAUAAAACGAAAUAUAAAAGAUGGAACAUUGCUCCACAAGGUACAUUGAUCAAAUCCCCAUCCUCGAGAUUAUUUGUCAGGUCUUCAUUUCCAUUUUCUAACAGCUCAUACAAAUUCCAACCAACAUCUACUCACGGAAUGAAUUUUAAACUGGACAAAGGAUCCAAAUGUGAAGCUCGGAUUAGAAAGCGAAUCAAAGCCUUCGUUGAACCCCAAGACAAGGAUCAAGUUUAUGGAACCAGGUCCACCCAGAGCGUCCCGCCUCCUAGAAGAAGAUCGCUGAUCCCUUUGUGCUACAGUCGCUCCGUUAUGGAUGCAUGGAAAGAAAUGACGGAGGAAGAAACCCAGCAAUGUAAUAAGAAGGUUAAACAGUUCCUAACAGUUUUGCCGAAACACCAUUAUCGUAAAAAAUGACGUACAUGUAUAUAUACAUGCAACCGCAUCUACAACUAAUAUAUGAUUCAGUUAUUAUCUGAUUUAUUGUGAAUUAUGUAUGAGAGAGAAGGGGAAGGGUCACAAACCUUAAAAUCUCUUUUAAAAGAAAAUAUAAAUUUCCAACAUGAUAAAAAAGAUCCUACACUAGGAUUUAAAAAAAAUAAUAAGAAACUUAUUCUCCCUGUUUAUAUUUUCAUCUCGUUUUUUUUAUAAAUUUAUUUUUGUGUGUGAGUUUUGUUUUUGUUUAUAUAUAAAGGGUAACUUCGUUUUGUGUUCAUCUAUUCAGAAAGAAAAAAGAUGAAGAACAUAUGUACCUGAAUGUAUUUUUUUUAAUGUUCCAACUUUCGUGGUUAGUUCUGUUUCCGGGCUAAAUUUAAUGAAUUUCAAACGUGUUGUCAUGCUUUGUGUAAUUGAUAUAAUACAUGGGACUGCAUACUUGGAUUAGAAUUCCGUUCUUGCCAUACACUCUAUCGUAUGGUAAUACUGUUGUUGAUGUGCAUUUCAUAUCGUACAACUAAUUGCUGCGUGCAUGGAAUUUAUCGUGCAGCUGAUUGCUGCAGCGAUGGUAUUAAAAUUAAGUAACUAUACGAUUUAAUAAAAUAAUUCAUGUUCCGAUGACGAUCAUGUAAUGUUACUUUAGUAAACUGUCAAUUCUAUGGUGACAGCACUAUACCAUACUCUAGCGGGGGAGGGGGGUAACCUAUGUUGUUAUCCGGAUAGCUACUUGUACAUAGCAUGACAUAUCGUACUGUUCAUCGCGCCCUCACCCAUAAGGAUUCAGAAUAAUUUCUGUGAUAUUUGAUAUGAUUUUCCCCAUCACAUACAUGCAUCAUUUACAUAAAUUACGUAAGUAUUAAAUGUCCAGUUUGUACAUGUAUUAAGGGGAACGUGAUGCGUGGUGUUGCCUUUAUUGUCGGCAAUUACCCCGAUACUACAAUUCUUUUCUUAUCUCCCAUAAAAUAAACAUUCAUUCCUGAUCGCCUAUGUCAGGUAAUAUAUGGAUGUAAGUUUUAUAAUGUUGAAAUGUCAGCGUUCUUAUAAUAAACUACACAAACAACACCAGCUUAUCGUUGACAAAUCCCACAAGUGAAUCUCACCGCUUUUCUUUUUCUUUUUUCUUUUUUUAUCAUGCUUAAAAUAGUAAUUUUCAUAAGUCGUGACUUAUCGUCACUAUCGUAAAAUCGUGUUUUGAAAUACGUUAUAUAGUAAACAGUUCUCACUUCAAUGUGAACGGUGGUAUAUAAAAGAUACGCAUUUCACUAUCAUUCGAUUGAAAAUGCCAAGACCGUGACCAUUUUAUUAAUUGAGUGUUUAUAUAUUUCUAGAGCUCGUAACCCAUGCAUAUGACAAAUCCUGUCGCGGGAUGUUUAUAACUCUAUUUUCAUACAAAUCUUAAUUUAAAAUUUAUGGAAAUUUCUCUCAAGGGCAAUUAACACAAAAAAUUGUAAAUUUCCAUUUAUUUAGUUACGGACGGAGUUGUAAUGGAGACAAAUUAAGCCGCGGUUUAUUCAUGAAGUACGUGCAUUGAAAAGAAUUACGCCUUCAA